AUGUGUCUUAAGAUUGUGAUCCUGGUAGCGCUAGUGGUCGCCGUGACUGCUGACCACCACGCCUUCUCCUCGCAGCACGUGCACAAACACGACGGACACCACGAGGUCGUGUCGCACGGACACGGGCACCACCAUGAUUACUACACUCAUCCCAAAUACCACUUCGAGUAUAAGAUUGAGGACCACCACACGGGCGACCACAAGAGCCAGCACGAGGAGCGCGACGGCGACUUGGUGAAGGGCUACUACGAGCUGAAGGAGCCUGACGGUCACAUCAGACACGUGCACUACCACGCCGACAAGCACUCAGGUUUCCACGCAGACGUGAAGCACAGCACCCAUCACGUCUAUCACCAUCACCACUAUAUCAGUUCACUGUCAAACUUGCUUAUGUUAGUUAAUACAAACCACAGAAAUAUGUAUUUUAAGAUUGUGAUCCUGGUAGCGUUAGUGGUCGCCGUAACCGCUGACCACCACGCGUUCUCCUCGCAGCACGUGCACAAACACGACGGACACCACGAGGUCGUGUCGCACGGACACGGGCACCACCAUGAUUACUACACUCAUCCCAAAUACCACUUCGAGUACAAAGUAGAGGACCAUCACACUGGCGACCACAAGAGCCAGCACGAGGAGCGCGACGGCGACGUGGUGAAGGGCUACUACGAGCUGAAGGAACCUGACGGUCACAUCAGGCACGUGCACUACCACGCCGACAAGCACUCAGGUUUCCACGCAGACGUGAAGCACAGCACCCAUCACGUCUAUCACCAUCACCACUAGUCUCACA